CUCUACAAGGACGUCAUGAUGGACAAUCAGCCGCCCCUCACAUCACCGGAUGGAUCCAGUCAUGGGAACCCACCAGAGAGAUGUCCCCGCCCUCUGUAUUCCUGGGAUUCCACACAGGAAGGGUCACACCAUCCCUCACCAUCAUCAGGUAGAUGGAUCCAGUCAUGGGAACCCACCAGAGAAAUGUCCCCGUCCUCUGUAUUCCCGGGAUUCCACACAGGAAGGUCACACCAUCCCUCACCAUCAUCAGGUAGAUGGAUCCAGUAAUGGGAACCCACCAGAGAGAUGUCCCCGUCCUCUGUAUUUAUUCCGGGAUUCCACACAGGAAGGUCACACCAUCCCUCACCAUCAUCAGAGUGGAAUCCUCGGGGAUUAUUUAAUAUUGUUGUUAAAGAAGAGUGUAAAGAGGAGGAUGAGGAGUAUGGAAUGAUUGAGGAGCUCUCAGAAGGACACAACCAGGAUCUCUACAAGGACGUCAUGAUGGACAAUCAGCCGCCCCUCACAUCAGCGGAUCGAUGUCCCCGUCCUCUGUAUUCCUGGGAUUCCACACAGGAAGAUCCCACCAUUCCUCACCAUCACCAGGUAGAUGAGGAACAAUCACUGAUAGUUAAGAGUUAUACAAAAGCUUGUCUGGUCUAAUGAAUAGAGAUGUCCCCGUCCUCUGUAUUCCCGGGAUUCCACACAGGAAGGUCACACCUUCCCUCACCAUCAUCAGGGUGAAGAUCUGAUGAAGAUGAAAGUUGAGGGUGAAGUAGAAGAGACGUAUGUGAGGGAUGAUCAGCAGUCUAUGGAGGAGGCUGGAAUGACGAGGACAAUCAAAGAGGAGGACACUCCUACAGAGAUCAGCACAGGUGAGCCACAAU